UGAUCACUGAGUGGUGGAAAAUAGUGAAGUGAACAGUAAAUAUCUCAAGAUGAUGAUGAUAAGGUUUGCAGUAUUCUUAAGUGCUCUAGUUUGUAGUGUUCUAAGUGUUGAAUUGCGUCGAGAUGAGACGUACCCACCACCGGAGCUUCUGCGAGCCAUUAAAAUCGCACACGAUGUCUGCGUACCCCAAACUGGUGUUCUCGAAGAGCAUAUUAAGGAAUUCAGCGAUGGAGAGGCCAUUGAGGAUGCUGCCUUGAAAUGCUACAUGAAUUGCCUCUUUCAUGAAUUUGAAGUUGUCGAUGACACUGGCCAUGUUCACUUCGAGAAGCUCUACAAUCGUAUUCCGGAGUCCAUGAAGGAGAGAGCCAAAGUCACAAUGGACAAGUGCUUGGACCCUGUUGGUGCCGAUUUAUGCGAGAAGGCCUAUUGGUUACACAAGUGCUGGAAAACUAAUGACCCAUCGCACUACUUCCUUGCAUAAUGGUGACCUUUCUACACUUUGUACCCUGGACUGGAUUGGACAUUCUUUCGCCGUAAGAUAUUUAAAGUGAUGACUUUCUUGUAAAGUUUUGUAGUUUAUAAUGAAAAAGUGUUUCAUUAAAUAAAAGAAUAGCAAAUAAA